AUGUCUCAAAUCCUGCCGUACGGCACCAGAUACGAUGCCGAAUAUGAUGUGGUAGUCGUUGGGUCAGGGGCAGGGGGACUGACUGCCGCCUUGACGGCAACUCUCAAGGGCAAUCGAAAGGUCCUCGUCGCUGAGAAAACGAAGUGGUUUGGAGGUACGACAGCGUACUCAGGAGGGGCUCUGUGGCUUCCUAUGAACCCCGUAUCAUUGUCUGCCGGUUUCCAGGACUCAAAGGAGCGCGCAGAUACAUAUUUACGGACUUACUUGAAGGAAGACUACGACAGUGCUAAAACAAUGGUGGCGGCCUAUCUCGAAGCCGCCCCAGCAAUGACUGAAUUCCUGGAAUCUAGCUCAGCCACACAGUUCGUCGCUGCACCUACCCCAGACUAUUACAUGCAGCUGGAGGGGGCUUGCGAAGCAGGAAGAACUGUUCUAAAUGCACCCUAUGACGGGCGAAGACUAGGCCCGAUGGUCAAGCAAGUGCGCUAUCCACUGCAAGGAUACUGCGCCUUUGGUUCGUUACAAGUCGACCUCCUGGAUAUGAAUAGGUGGAGACAACCCUUCAGGAGUCUGGGAAACUUUUCAUCGGUCACUAAAGGUGUCCUGCGAUACGCAAUUGACCGCGUACGGUGGGGAAAAGGAACGAAGCUGUGCAACGGCAAUGCCUUAGUCGGUCGACUACUGGAGAAAUCUACACAGUCUGGCAUCGAUCUCUGGAAUAAUGCUCCAGCUCUCGAACCGAUCAUCAUGAACGGCCGCGUUGCUGGCAUGGUGAUCAGGAGAAAUGGCCAGAAGCUGAGAGUACGGGCACGAGACGGAGUCAUUCUGGCAAGCGGUGGGUUUGCACGAUCAAGCGAGCUGAGCCGCAAAUACCUGUCAAACCCCGACUGGACAGUCAGCCCUCGAGGAAAUGUGGGAGACGGAAUGCGAUUCGGUCUUGCGAGUGGAGGAUACUUGCCAGAACCCCUCGGGGAAGAUGCCGCCUUAUGGUCUCCUAUAUCAAUUUUGAACUCUACAAAAGGACCUGCUCGUUCUUACCCUCAUUUCGCUACUGCUAUCACCAAACCAGGCUCGAUAAUGGUGGACAGUGACGGCAAACGGUUUGUCAACGAAGCAGCGGCUUACCAGGAUCUGGGACGCGCGACUCAUGAGGCGGGUGUCCGUGUUUCUUACUUGGUUGGAGACAAAAGACAUCUUCGGAACUAUGGAAUGGGCAUGGCUUUACCAGGAGGGUACCCUAUUAGGCACCUCAUCAAGCGUGGCUAUCUCAUCCAGGCUCAAAGUAUUCCAGCCCUUGCACAAAAGAUCGGGGUAGAUCCUACCAAUCUUUCAGCUACUAUCGACCGGUUCAAUGGAUUUGCUCGCAAAGGCAAAGAUGAGGACUUUGGCCGCGGAGAUGGAUCGUUCGACCAAGCGUACGGCGAUUUCGAAGUUAAUCCGAAUCCAAGCUUAGCACCCAUUGAGAAGAGCCCAUUUUAUGCUUUGACUCUAUACUCAGGAAAUGGCAUCACUAUGUAUGGCUUGGCGACGAACAAGGAUGGCCAGGUGCUGAAGGAAUCGGGAGAGCCAGUACCUGGUCUAUAUGCCGUGGGUGCAGACUCGAAUCACUUCUUGCGAGGGAAAUAUCCAUCUGGUGGCCUGACUCUAGGCCCUUCAAUGGUGUUUGGAUACCGUGCAGGUCUCCAUAUUGCAGGUUGA